GGUUAUGGCGCUGGCGUGAAGUUGUUGGAAACGGACAAGCCCAGGAAGCAGGAUUUUGGCACUGCCACACCAGCUAAAGCUUAGGGCUGCCCUCUUGAAUGGGAACGAGUGGGCAGGUCGUUCACAUUUGGUCAAACGCAACACCUAGUGGAAUUCACUUCGGCGACGUCGGAUUGAAAAUAGUGAUUUCUACAAAAGUUGCUCUGUCAAAAGCAAACACGCCUGAGAAAUCAAGAGUGACCCCGGGCUAAAACAAGGCAUGGAUCGCAAGAGUUAGACUGAGUUCUGGCUCCCCCCGAGCUGUUUGUUUUUUUUAACCGAGGAGAAAGACCUAAAACAGACACCAUGCCUGCAAAAACAAAGUACAAUUUAGUCGAUGAUGGACACGAUUUGCGGAUUCCUUUACAUAACGAGGAAGCCUUCCAACAUGGGAUUAAUUUCGAAGCAAAGUAUAUUGGUAGUCUGGAUGUCGCUCGACCGAAUAGCCGUGUGGAGAUUGUUGCUGCCAUGAGGCGAAUAAGGUAUGAAUUUAAGGUGAAGAAUAUCAAAAAGAAGAAAGUCAACAUCAUCGUGUCUGUGGACGGGGUAAAAGUAGCCCUGCGGAAAAAGAAAAAGAAAAAAGAAUGGACCUGGGAUGAAAGCAAGAUGAUGGUGAUGCAAGACCCAAUAUACAGGAUAUUCUACGUAUCACACGACUCCCAAGAUUUGAAGAUCUUCAGUUACAUAGCGAGAGAUGGCCAGAGCAAUGUAUUUCGGUGCAACGUCUUCAAAUCGAAGAAAAAGAGCCAAGCCAUGCGGAUAGUGCGGACGGUGGGUCAAGCCUUUGAGGUCUGUCAUAAACUUAGCCUUCAGCACACACAGCAAAACGCAGACGGCCAAGAGGAUGGCGAUGCUGACAAGACAUGCACAGACUCUGGAGUAGCAGGGCGGGAGCUCACGGGGGCCGAAAAGCCUGCUGCAGAUGAGACUGACAUUGAUGCAGAGGAGCUUCCCCUCCCCGACAGCACAAUGGACGAGUUCAGCCGCGGAGUCACUGACCUGGAUGCGGCCAAGAAAGACGAAGACGUCAGCAAGGACAAAAAGCCCUCAGAGGAGCCCGUGAUCCUGCUGGCAUCCCCUAAAUUGCUACUACCGUCAGGCAGUGAUCUCCCAUCCAGCACACCACUGUCUGUGCACCACCAGCUCCAGCUUCUCCAACAGCAGCUCACCCAGCAACAGCAGCAGACACAGGUGGCCGUGGCCCAGGUUCAUCUGCUGAAGGAUCAACUCUCUGCUGAAGCGGCAGCGAGGAUUGAAGCCCAGGCUCGAGUUCACCAGCUGCUGUUGCAGAAUAAAGAUCUGCUCCAGCACAUUUCCCUGCUGGUCAAACAGGUCCAGGAGCUGGAGCUCAAGCUGGCUGGACAGGGCUCUAUGGGCUCUCAGGACAGUCUCCUGGAGAUCACCUUUCGUGCCAACGUGCCCCCAGUCUUAUGUGAUCCCAGCACCCCUCGACCGGAGGACUCCAUCCUGCCUCCACUGAACGAUGGGACGCAGCUGUCCCUGCCGCUCUGCAGUCCUAUAGGUAGGGACCAGGGUUUGAUUAAAUUUGAGUGUUUUCGCUUUCUGCCCGGACCACCACACCAACUGGAGGAGGACAGUCCCGACACACCAUCUCAGGACGUUUCGUCCUCCUCCCGGGACGAGCUUCUAGGCAGCCUGGAGCUGCUCCGGUUCCGCGAGUCUGGCAUCGCAUCUGAAUACGAGUCCAACACAGAUGAGAGUGAUGAAAGUUGGGGCCUGCAGGAUGAAAGCAGCCUGCGCCUGCUCAAUGUGCUCAACAAACACAUCCCGUCGGACUGCCUGGACGACGAAAUUGCUGUUUAAUGUGAUUUUGUGCUCACGGCUUGGAAAAACUCUGCUCGACGCUCUGCUUUAAUGGUUUGAGUCAGUCAGUGUCAAUAUUGUCUGUUUGUGCUGCUCAUUCUGGGAGACUGAGGUGACUUUACUACUUUGGUGGUAGUUUUGUUUGUUAUGUUUUAGGUUAUAUGUUGAAGAUCAGAAGUUCUAAAAGUGUAGCCAAUGCUGUUGAAAACACUUUACUUUAGUGAUGCACAUUAGAGUUUUUCUUAUGAGACGUUCACACAUUCAGCGAUUUGUAAUGAUGAAGGUUGCCAAGGGAAAGUGCUGUUGGUUUUAUUGGGGUCCCUAUUUCCAAAGUCACAGCCAUCUUUGAAAUGCCUCUCGGGCAUUCAAGUGCAGCUCCUACCGCUUUAAAUUGGGAAACUUCAUUUGAUUAAGUUAACAUAUGAUUUAGUUAAAUAUUUGCUGUCAUCAAUGAAAUUUAAAAACAGCUGUCUCAUUUUUUUUUUAAAAAGCAUUUUAUCAGGUAGCCCACAACACCACAGGAGAUCACAACACCAACCUCCUGUAUGGCUAUUUCUGGAAGAUGCGAUUUCAUCAAACUAUCAGUAACUUGCGUGUUACACAAUAUCGUCCUCUGAAUAAUGCCUCAUCUGAUCGCGCUGGUCUUCUGAAGUAAUUCUCAACUUAGACUUGAUGGCAAAUCUCCUCCCAAAAUGAUGGUGACCUCUUCAUGUACAAGUUUGUGGGCAUUUAAGUAGUUGCCGUCAUUUGGUUUUUAAAUUUGAAUGGCAGAGAUGGGAAUUCAUAAUGUCAAAUGGGACAGACUUUACCUACCAUUCGUUUUAUACAUAUUGCAAAACCAGAGAACAUUGUUUUCAAGUGCAGUUAAUUCUUUUACAAGUAGAGAUUUAUGUAGAUGUUUCUCAUGUAUGUGAGGCAAGUAUUCACUGAGAUUCCAGCAUGUUUGCUAACACCAGAGAGUUCAUAAUGAAACUGCAGAAACUGUUGAUAAGAACACUCUUCUAGAACGACUCCCUCCCCCGAAGAAUUAUCAGUCUAUAUCGAUUGAUGAUUAGCUCCUAAACUAGAAGGCGGGGCUUCCUUCACUAAAGCGGCCAUAUUGAUAAUUAUAUUUUUCACCCAUUGAAAACUAAAAAUAAGAGAGAAACGUCUUGUGAAUUCUAUAGUCUUUGCUAUUUUCCAGUUUAACAAUGUCAUUGGUGGACUGUUCAUUUUGGGAUCACAAAUGAGACAUACUCAACACAGACUCAUUGGGAAAAUGUGCCCUGGUGUACAUAUUUGAGAACCAAGAAACAUGUACUUGCAUGGUCAUUUAGCUGCGUUUUAUGUGUAAAACAAAUGCCAUGAGUUUGAGAUGUGCAUGUGGACAGCUUUUCUGGCGUGAAGCUCCAUCAAAAAACGGUUCCACAAACCAGGGAAACAAAACCCAAAAAAGCAGCGUGCGGUCGUGGUAGAAGCAAAUGGCCACAAUGACUUUUCUCCUAUAGUUUGCUUUUGAAAAUACUAUCGGUUGCGUUUAGGUAAGUGGGUGUGUGGGUCUGUUGAUAUCAAACUGAUAUAUUAUGUAUGAUGACAAGCCAAUCGGCUUCUCUCAUGGACUCACACAAGGAGGUUAAUAUUUGCAGAAACAUAAACAGUGACCUCUGGUGCAUUUACAAGAUAUGCCGCGUAUGAGAUAAUGUGCCCCAGUGACAUAUUUGAGAUUGUCAAAAAUGUACAUGGCGCCCUCUAGUGGAUUUUUUAAAAUGUAGUCAACGUAGUCCAGGGUACAUAUUUGUCAGCUCUCAAAAUGUAGUCUUUGGUAUUGUAGCAUUUCCAAUGAGCCUGAGGUUGGAAAUACUGAUGGUGAUUUAUUAAAUAAUCAUUCCAUUCACGAAAUACCAAUAAAUGAUUUUAACAUUAUUAAUAUCCAUUUUUAAUAUUUAAACAAAUUCAUGCCACAUUAACUUAAAAAAUAAUGUAUGACUAUAUAACUAGAUACUGUAACUAUAACCAAAGUCCCUUAAAGCAAGUCAUUUAACUCGGUGCCCAUCUUUGAAACGCCUCUCGGGCAGUAUGCUUGGGCAUUCUGUUUGAAUGGGGAACAUCGAAUUCUCCAAAACUUCUUGCCAAGCUUUUGAUUAUAUUUUAUACUACGAAUAACCAAUAAAAUUAAACAACAGCUAUUUAGUUUCAUUUCUAAAUGUUCGUAUCACACAAAAUCUUCAGAAACUCACAUCUGGUCUGAGCCUCUCCCCCGGAGAAUUGUCAUUCUAUAGCUAUAGAUUGGCUCCUGUACUAGAAGGCGGGCUUUAUUCGCAAUAUAGCGAAUAUAGCAGUUACACUUUUCCCCAUUCAAAAGUAUACGAGUGACAUGUCUUGUGUCUUCUAUAGUCUUUGCUAUAACUAGCUACUGUACUUAAAUAUUUGCAUUUAGUAUAAAAUAAUGCUUUCCCAUGAUGGGUUGCAGCU